GAUGGCAGAGUCGCGGCAUACGCACGAAUCAUGGUUGUAGAAGGCCCCCGGACCCACUGCGGCUUGGACGAGUGGGAUCAGUAGGCCCAUCUGGUCUAUAAAAGAUGGAUACUUCGCUGUUGCCUGUCGUCGCCCUUACCGUCGUCGUGCCUGCGCUGGCAAUGAGCGUCCCUCGUGCCGCUGACUCGACCACCUGGCCUUCCGGAACCCAGACAGGAGAUGGUACGUUCUACGGCAUCGGCUUGGGUGCCUGCGGUAUCGACAAUACCAACGCCGACUACGUCGUGGCGGUCUCCGCGCUGGUUUUUAACGCAGAGCCUGGCUACACCGGCAGCGACCCAAACACCAAUCCACUCUGCAACCAGCAAAUCACCGCUUACUAUCAAGGCAACAGUGUCACCGUCACCAUCGUUGACUCUUGCUCGGGCUGCGGAUCCUGGGAUCUGAAUUUUAGCCCGACGGCGUUCGAGCAGCUGGCACCUUUGUCCGUGGGUCGAAUUCAUGGUAUGACCUGGGUAAUAUUGGGGUAAACCUCCAACGCACAACAAACGCGUCGUGGCGCGAAGGGCUGUUGCGCAGCGCAAUGUAGAAUAGAAGACAAGUACUGUACAUCGGCACGCACUCUCAGUGAACGCUCUGGUUGAGCACGCAAACUGGCGAUGUACCCUGCCUUAUGUACGACCGAUCACGACUUGGAUACGAUACUGGCAACGUUUUGUGGGGUUGUUCAGGGAGAGCAAGGAGCUGUGCAUGUUAGCCGGCGCCGAUACUAAUUACUUACCUGGGAUUGUGGGAUUGUUUCCCAGCUGUUAUAUAUACGACUUCUACGUUUUGAUAGCAAGCAUCAGUAGAGCGCUGUGACUGAGGAUAAGUAGAGUGGGGCACGGAAGCGCGAUAUGAUGGGAGAGGCGAAGUGACGUCGGGCGGGUGACGUCACCGACGCGAUGGCGUCCAACGCCCGCCCGCAGACGCGCCCCGUUAUAAGCUACGGUCCAUUCAACC